ACUGACGUUACCUGAAAAAUCUAUCCAAGAUGGCUACCCUUGCGAGCGACGCGGUACAGAGCAUGAAACAAGUUGAAGUGGAAGAAGUGCAGUGAGCAUCCCCCAAUAUCAAGAACUACAUUGUCACCAGACUAACCAGAGAGCAACUUAAUUGGACCUACUUACUCCAAAUAUUGAACAAGUCUGACCUUUCUGUGGUAAUCACACAUUUCACAUGCAGGAACAUUAACUGUUAAGUUUACAAGUAGUGAGUCUGAAGCAUAAGGAAUUUUAGUGGUCAAAUGAUUCAAUGGAGUGGAAGUGCAAGUUGUGUGCUGUCACCACAGACACCCGGGCCCAUUUAUUUAGGCACUACCGUUUACAGCAUAGUCAUUAUUCAAGAGUUAGCCCUUUGCCAUGUCUCCACAACUCUUGUAUUUGUACAUUUCCGUCAUUUAAUGCAUUGAAAAUUCAUUUAUCACGUGUCCACAAAGACACAUGCAGAACUGGUGCAGAUGAAAGAGCACAAGUAAGACAUACACUUUUUGACUGUCCAUUGUGUGACUUCAAACGGCCUUUCUCAGAGGUGACAUUGUUCAGUCAUUUAAGGGGACAUUUAAAAAACCAUGAGAAUGUACCGUGCCCAUUUAAGGACUGCAACUACCGCACAAAUGUCUAUUCAUCAUUUAAUGCACACAAAAGUAGGAUACAUGAAGGCAGUUUAAACUUUUGUGAUGACAUUGUAUCAACAGAGAAUGAUAGUGCACCAGUCAUAAACACUGCAGUCCUUGAGGACGAGGAUCCUGCUCAGUGUCACCAUGCAGGCACAUCUGCUUUUCCUGAGUCUGACAGUUGGUGUGACACCAGCCAGUUAAGGGCCCAGUUACACCAUAAUUUGUCCUCCUUGUUCUUGAAGAUGCAAACUGUUCUUCAUGUUUCUGACAUGGCCUCUCAGGAAAUAGUGGAUCACCUGACUCAGAUAUUUUCCCUGUCUCAACCUCUUGUUAAAGAUACUAUACAAGAGAUACUACAGAGGCAUCAUGUCUCUCCUACUGAAGCCAUUGUGAAUGAUUUGGUGAAUGCUGUUAUGGACACAAAUAUUUUUGUCAGUGCCACAGCAAAAGGUGAGGAGUUGUCCUCAACUAAACGAAGAAAAACAUUUAUUGAGAAAAACUACCCUGUGGUAAUGCCAGUGCAGUAUGUAUUAGAGCCUGGAUGCACAGUGGUUUAUGUCCCUAUGCUCCAGAUGAUCCAGAAAAUGUUCAAACAUACUGACAUCCUUGACAGAAUCAAGGAAACCAAGAGCUCAGAAAAAGGCCAUUACAUGAGCCAUCAAGAUGGCUCAUAUUUCCAAGACAAUAAUUUGUUGUCUUCUUCAGAGCUGUCACUGCCACUGAUUUUGUACAUGGAUGACCUUGAAAUUGCAAAUCCACUAGGCACUUCAAGGAAAAUCCAUAAACUCUGUUCAGUGUACUGGGUGGUUGCUGAUUUGCCAGUAAAAUACCGAUCAUCACUGCAUGUGAUUCAGCUAGCAGCACUAUGCAAGGUACCUGAUCUUAAGAGGUGUGGCUAUCAAGGAGUACUUGGUCCUUUGCUACGAGACCUUCGCAUUCUUGAAGAAGAUGGCGUAUUCAUUGAGUGCCUUGGUCAGUCAGUCCGUGGCACUGUUUUAUGUGUUGUGUCUGAUAAUCUGGCAGCCCACUCAUUGGCAGGCUUUAUGCAGUCCUUUAGAGCAGGAUAUAUUUGUAGAUUCUGCAAGGCUAAACGAGACCAAAUUCAGUCUCUCGAAGUCAGAGAUGGUGAAUUUAGUCGAAGGACUAAAGCCAGUCAUGACUGUGAUGUGCAGGGUGUUACACAAGAGGGUGGUCAAAGCCAGUGUGGUGUCAAAGGGGACUGUAUCUUGAGAAAGAACUUGCAGUAUUUCCAUACAAUCACUGGUUUCCCUCCUGAUGUCCUGCAUGAUCUUUUUGAAGGUAUUGUACCUGUUGAGUUGGCCCUAUGUAUUAAGGAGAUGAUUCGGCUCAAAUAUUUUACUCUUGAGUAUUUGAACUUGAAAAUUGUGUCAUUCCCGUACCAACACACAGACAAGAUUGAUAAACCACGACCUAUUUCAAAGACCUUUGCUGCAAAGAGGACCAUUGGUGGCAAUGGCCACGAAAAUAGCACAUUGUUGAGACUACUCCCAUUGAUGAUUGGUAAUACAGUCCCUGAGGGAGAUGGUGCUUGGACUGUAUUGAUGGAUUUGAAAGAUAUUGUGGAGCUUGUGCUGUCCCCAACGUUUGAUGAUGCAUCCAUCCAGUAUUUGCAGACUAAGAUCCAGGAUCACAGACACAUGCUUCAGGAGGUUUUCCCAGAGUUCAUGCUGCUCCCUAAACAUCAUUAUGUUGAACACUACCCAGAUCUCAUACAGUGUUUUGGGCCUCUUGUCCAUUUGUGGACUAUGCGGUUUGAGGGCAAACACCGCUUCUUCAAGCGUGUAGUACAUGACACCCUAAACUUCAAGAAUGUUUUAAAAACACUAGCCACUAGGCAUCAGCACAUGAUGGCCUACUACCUCAGUGCACCAUCAUUCUUUAAACCACAUCAGCAGACAUCAAAUGUCUCCUCUGUCUUGGUUUCAGAGCUUCCUGAGGUUGCAAAAGAACACAUUAAGCAAAAAACAGACAGCAACCUGAUUUACAGCACAUCAAAAAUCAUUAUUGAUGGUACGGAUUAUGAUGUUGGGAUGUUUGUAUCAGUGGGGCAGGAGGGGGGACUGCCUCAAUUUAGCAAAAUUCAGCAGAUCCUCCUUGUUAACAAUGAUGUCACUUUUCUUUGCCAAGGACACAAAUCAAACUACAUUGAACACCUGAGAUCAUAUGAACUUUACCCAGGCAAUGUAACUGUCCACAGUGUAUCAGAGCUAAAUGACAACUCACCCCUCUCUGCAUACAGUGUAGAAGGAAAAUUGCUGUUGGCGCCCAAACGAUUCAUACUGUUGCACUGAAAGUACAUUUACAUCUUGUGAUUUAAAAAAAAUGCUAAGUAGUAGAUCUUAAAACAUAUUUUAACACAAGGGUAAACUUCCAGUAUGUAAAUGGUGAUAAUUAGCUGUUACAUUUUUGUAUGCACUACUAAAUCUGCUUAUUUUUCCAUGUCAAUCUUCAUACAUAAUUUGUCCCUCAGAAGAUGGCAGCAACCCCAAAAUUUCUGCUGCGUUUUUAUGUUGCCACAGAUGUUGCUAUAAAGGUAACGUUGACUGAGCGAACAGAGUCAGUGAUAGAGCUAAUCAACAUACUGCGAGAAAAAGCCAAGCCAAGACUGGACUUUGAGUUUACCUUGCAUUAUGAGGAUCCUGACUUUGGUGGACAACUCAGCUGUCUCGUUGAUAUUCAAGAGUUACCAGAGAAGGCAACAUUGAAAAUUAUCAGAUCAGAAAGUGAUACCAGCUCAUGUGCAUCUUCUGAUACGGACAUCCUUCCUCUUGUGCCUAUAAGCCAGCGUCAGAAAUCCUGGCCUGACAUCUUCCCUGUGCCAACUUUUUCCUAUGAAGUGGAGCAUGUGCUUGAAGAGGGAAACCGUUCCUUUGCAACUUCUGGAAAGACACUGAAAUUAACCAGAUCCCAAAAGCACAACAUC